UUUGUUGUUCCCAAGAAUGACUUUUCCCGUUUCUUGGUCACGGGAAAGAGCCCAAUCACCUUGUGGCGAAAGUUGAUGAAGUCAAAGAGAAAAAGUUCCCUCGCAUGUCUUACUGAUCCUCGCAAAUUCAUCAUUCAUAUUGUUUCUUUUUGUUCUGUAAAUUCGAUACUUUUUAUCAUCAUAAUUAUAAUAAUAAUUCCAAUGUAUCGGGAGCAAACAAAGAAUUUCCCCCCCAAUCUUGUAUCACGUGACUAACUCCAAACCCAAUUGCAGUCAUUCUACACUCUGUGCGUUUGUGGCAAGAGAGAACGUACGCCACCUCGCAUUUCCGGUCAUGAUCGGCAUGAGAAAUGUGGACGCUACUGCGCUUUUUUUUUUCCCCCCUUGCACUCAGUGUUGUUUUGUUGACGCGAUCUAAAGGACAAAAACUCGUGUGUGAUAGCAGCCUUCGUACUCACUACUGUGCUAACCGUGUCCUACAAAAGUGGCAUUGACUUUGUCUCCGUUCGAUAUUGAGGUUUCUCCAAGUACUGAAAACUGAAGCAACUUUUAUUUGUAUUUUUUUUUUUUUUGGUCGUCUUUUCGGGGGCGGGGUGAGCGACGCAAAGCAUGCACAUGGCUCUUGUAAAUAAUGUUUAGCUCAGUGAGCGCCCGGCCUCGGAGAGCCGAGCGGGGAAAACGACUGGGGUUUCUUUCUUUUGUAGAGUAUUUUAAUUUAUGUAUGGCUUGCGAGGCCAUUACAACGUGGCGAGUAUUCGGGGAAGGUGACGAUGAUCGCAUUCCGUUUGUUGUACGUGAUAAGAGGAAGGAAAUGUCUUCAGGUCUCCGUUUGCGAUGCUCGUAUCGGAGGAUGAGAACGGAAAGCAAAGCUCCUUUUGUGCAUUUGAAAGCCGGACCGAAUUGCAAAGUAUACCACUUCAAUUCCCUCCCGAUGCUGUUAACUCGAUUUUACGCCACACCAGGCGAACUUGUGUAGAUGUUCGGAAUGACCGCUGAUCAGCUCAUUAAAUUGAUAUAGCGUAACGGUGGAAUCCCUUUCUUGUUUUUUUUUGUGUUUUUUUUUUUGAGGGCUGAUACAUUUUAGGGUGUUCCAUUGAAAAAUUCUGAUUCUUUUUUCAACCCAACGAGUAUCCUAUUCUUUGAAGCAUACUUUUCAAUUGGUCUUCACAAUAAAAAGACAAAGCGGCCAAAUGUAUAGAACGAGGUGUGUGUGUGUGGUGGUGUGUUCUUUGAAAUUCAAAUGUGAAUGUUUGUCAGCUUCAUCAAUUUCGAGAAAAGAAAGGCACUUGGAGGCUGGGACCAGUUCUUGUCUUGAGGAGGAAGGCCAAGAUCCUUCCAAGAUCCUUGGUGCUUCUGGCCAGCGUUGCCCAAACCGGUUCCUGGUGAACCUCCUCUUUUUAUUGAUUUAGUGUGGCGCUCAUUACAUGUGUGCUCCAACAUAAAGGGGGGGGGGUGGAAUUCAGAGCUGGAGGUGAGCCUGGUUGGCGAGUCCCCGGUGGCCGGGCUGAAGCGAUGAGGCCUGGCCACCCGCACUCAGGCUUUGAUGUCAGCACAAUGAUUCCAAUUCAAUGGCUACUCCAAUUAAGAACUCAAAUGUCAUUAACGUUUGACUUGCCAUUAAAAUGUCAAGGACCAUUUGGGUUUUGUGUUGAGGUUCAACUUUUUCAAAUGUACACUCAUACAUUUCAUUGACAACUAGCCCGGCACCUUUUGAGUUUCAUGUGGCGGCAUUUGGUCAAACGUGUGCGUUGGGUCGCCGCGGGAAGGAAGCGCCUCGUAAAAAGUGAGCAUUAUCCCAGCCGUAAAGCGAUUGCGCCGUCAUUACGCAGCGUCGGCUCGCUUCCUUCUAACGCGUCCUGAGUCCACCGCGCUGCUCCGUCGACGUCGUCGGCGUCAUUAUCGUCGCCUCUCGCCAUGACCUCCGCCAAGACGCUGAAGCUGGCCGCCUACGAGCUGCUGCAGUUUGCGGCGCUGGCCGUCCCCGUGCUGGCGCUGGCCGAGCGCUUUGCCCGCCUGCUGAGCGACGUGAGGGGACGCGACGACACCGCCUACUGGCUGGCGGUGGCCUCCUCGGUGGCCUACGUGACCUCCUGCGCCCUGCUGGUCUGGGUGCCCCUCAAGUAUCGCAUCCUGAAGAGGCGUAGACCGAAGGCCGGCCGCUGGAGACCAACAAUGCUGGCGUAUCUCCUCUUGUGCACGUUACCUUCCUUUGCCAUUAUAAUAGCAAGCUCCCAGGUUCAAGUCAACGCGGGCGUGCGGCUGGACCACUUUGCCGAGUUGCCCGCCUCUUUGGUCAUAUUGUGGCUCAUUUGCGCCGACUUGGUGGAGAGGCUGCGGCCCUGCCGGCUCCUCGGACAAUCUGACAAUGCGGACCUUGGCUUUGAGCUCCCGGGCCCGGUCCUGACCAACUUGGCAGCGGUCAGCUCCAUCUCCAUCCCCAACACCGGCGAUCCCGACACCCCCCGCCGGCGUCCCGAACUCCCCGCGGGCCGUUCGGCGCCGAUCGCCUCCGGAACUUUGGGCCCCCCCGCCUACCCAUACUCGUCCUCGCGAGCCUUCCCGGGCCUCCUGAGCUUCCUGGGGAGGAGCGACGCCAGGUCGGAGGUGUUUGUGGAUUGUUUCCUGUUCUGGUUGGACACGGCGGAGUUGGUGCGGGUGGCGGGCGAGCCGGCCGUCUUCUACUCGGCCUGGGCGUACCCCGUCCUCAUCCUGGCCUUCCUGUCCAGCCUGCGGGCUGCCCUCGCCCCGCGUGGCCCGUUUUCGUCCGCGGCAGGAGUGGCCCUCCAGGAUUUUCCAUUUUUGGUCACGCGGGUGUGCCUGCUGGCCGUCUUCGGACCCGUCACGCCCGUCUUGUUCCCUCUGAAGAACGCCCUGGUCAGCCUGACCUUCUUCUACUUCACCUACAUGACCAGGAUGAAGAUAUUCAAGAGGCACAGCAUGUUCUGACCACACUCGGGUCGCACUUUAAAUAUUCAUCCGAAACCAUGCGACACGUUUGUACUUUUCGAAUGCAAGUAAAGGAAGAAGAUUCGGUUCUUCCCGGGAGAAACAACA